UACAAAUGAAAGAAAGUAUAUGCAUUCACAACGCUAAACAGUUAACAUAAAACGAAAGUUUCGCAGAUUUUUAUUUGCUGUACAUGCAUUUCGAGAAAGAGAGUGAGAAUUUAGUUUGCGCUCUCCAUACUGUGCUGUUUUUGUUUACACAAGUACACAAGCAAUAGUUAAUUUGUAUUUUAUAUGUAGAUCAAAAUAUAUUAUUUCCAAUGUAAUACUUUUAAUUACUUAAUGUGUUUAAAAAUUAACUUAAUUUUCCAAUUAAGUUUUGUUCUAAAUAAUAAACUGUCGGUAAAAGUCAACAACAAGGUUAAAUUGCUUGUUAACAAUUGCUCAAUUACACGCGGAAACCCAGGAAAUUGCACAAAUUUUGUGUUAAAGCACAAAGCCAAUCUGCAAAACGGUUCUGCUAUUGAAUUUAACUUUGACAGAAAAUAAUUGUGUUUGUAUUUUUGCUGCUGCUGCUGCUAUAACUCGGGAAGUAGGAUAAUCAUAAAAUUGAUUUUUUGCGUCAUAAUUGCUAGCGUCUACUAACAAGUGGCCGCGACGCGACGCAAUAACAAAUUUUUUUAAACAAAUAAACAAAAAAAUAUACAAAUUGGGGAAAAAAAGUCAGCAUUUUGAGCAAAGAACCAAAAAUGUCUUCGGCAACACAACAGCAACAACCAAACCAAAACCAAGGCGGUCAAUCGACGGUGCAGCAAAAUCAAAAGCAACCACAAAGUGCAUCAGGUGCAGUCAACUCAAAUAAUACACAUGACAAAGUGCCUGCUGGAGGAAGUGCUGGUGCGGGGAAUGCACAACAACAAAGCCCAACAAAAAAAAGCGCACUUUCUACAAAAGAUCGUGUUGUAGAUAGCGUCCCCUUCCCACCUAGUCGUAAAUUAACUAUAGCCGAUGUUUUUGAUGCACGCACUGGUAAACUACAUCACGAUGUACUUAAGCAACAUUUCAUACUCGAGGGCCGCAUUGAAGAGGCGGCUGCACUUCGUAUUAUACAAGAGGGUGCCGCACUAUUACGCCAAGAAAAGACAAUGAUCGAUAUUGAGGCACCAGUUACAGUAUGUGGUGAUAUACAUGGACAGUUCUAUGAUCUAAUGAAAUUAUUUGAAAUUGGUGGUUCACCUGCUUUAACAAAAUAUCUUUUUUUGGGAGACUAUGUGGAUCGAGGCUACUUUAGUAUUGAAUGUGUUUUAUAUUUAUGGUCAUUGAAAAUAACCUAUCCCAAUACAUUAUUCCUAUUGCGUGGCAAUCAUGAAUGUCGUCAUUUAACUGAGUAUUUUACAUUUAAGCAAGAAUGCAAAAUUAAGUAUUCGGAACGUGUUUACGAUGCUUGCAUGGAAGCAUUUGACUGUUUACCAUUGGCGGCUUUAAUGAAUCAACAAUUUUUGUGUGUGCAUGGUGGACUCUCGCCAGAGAUACAUGAAUUAGAAGAUAUAAGACGUUUGGAUCGUUUCAAAGAACCACCUGCUUUUGGGCCUAUGUGCGAUCUUCUAUGGUCUGAUCCUUUAGAAGAUUUUGGAAAUGAAAAAAAUUCAGAUUUCUACACACAUAAUUCAGUACGUGGUUGUUCAUACUUUUAUAGUUAUGCAGCCUGUUGCGACUUCCUGCAAAAUAAUAAUCUAUUAUCAAUCAUACGAGCACAUGAGGCGCAGGACGCUGGUUAUCGUAUGUACCGAAAGAGUCAAACAACUGGUUUUCCCUCGCUUAUAACCAUAUUCUCAGCACCAAAUUAUCUCGAUGUGUACAACAACAAGGCGGCUGUGCUUAAAUAUGAAAAUAAUGUAAUGAAUAUACGACAAUUUAAUUGUUCGCCUCACCCAUAUUGGCUUCCAAACUUUAUGGAUGUAUUUACAUGGUCUCUACCAUUCGUUGGCGAGAAAGUAACAGAAAUGCUAGUCAAUGUACUGAAUAUCUGCUCUGAUGAUGAAUUGAUGACAGAAGAAAGUGAAGAACCCUGUUCAGAUGAUGAGGCUGCACUACGUAAAGAAGUUAUUAGAAAUAAAAUACGUGCGAUUGGUAAAAUGGCACGUGUAUUCUCUGUGUUACGUGAAGAGUCAGAAUCAGUGCUGCAGCUUAAAGGUCUAACGCCAACUGGUGCCCUACCAUUAGGUGCACUUUCGGGUGGAAAACAAUCAUUGAAGAAUGCCAUGCAAGGCUUUUCACCAAAUCAUAAAAUCACUUCAUUUGCCGAAGCGAAGGGUCUUGAUGCUGUUAACGAACGUAUGCCACCAAGACGUGAUGCGACACCUUCACCUGCGGAGGAAGGUCAAAAAACGAUAUCAGCCGCAGCUGCUGCAGCAGCAAAUGCUAAUGCGAACGCAAUCAAUGGAUAAUUUUGUCAGAGUAAGGUGGAGUCCACUCAUAAACAUGUUUCAUAAUGCAUAAAUGCGUCCCUUAAUGGAACAGAUACCAAAUCACAUUAGGUUAUUAAAAAUAUAAAAUUAUUAUCAAAAUUAAAAAUGAAUGAAUGAAGUCAUUGAAAACCAAAAAUGUAUGUAUCUCGUCAUUUCAUCUCGUCCUACUUUCGUCGCGCGGCCAACUGUUCGUUGUCACACUUUUUUUUCAAUGCACGACAGUUAAAUCAACCGCAAAUUCAUCUAGUGAUCGUGUAUGUGGUCUUAUACGUGCCAUCUUCGUUGUAGUCAUAGUCGCUUGCCGUUUGUGAGAAACUUACAUGUACUAUUGGUUAAGGUCAAGAAAGGCUGAUCAUCAAUCAUUAAACGGUCUAUAAUAAUGGUUAUAAAGAAUCUCAUAAAAGCAGCGGCAACAGCAAGCAGAAGAAGAAUGUAUUCCUUUAUACUUAUUCGAAUCUUAGGUUUUAUUUUUUGGUCAAUUUUAUAAUGGCAAAUAUAUUUAUACAUAUUUAAUUAUAUUUAAUAUACAUAACUUUAAACUAUUUAUAUUAUCGAUAAUAAUUAUCAAUGUUAAUACUUAAUUACUAUUAUGAUUAUAUUGUUUCCUCUUUUUUCUAUAAGAAUUAAGAACUAUCUAUGAAUUUAUUAAAUUUUUCUUACCAAAAGUAAAAAAGCAAAAAAGCAAAAAAGCAAAAAAUUAAAAUAUAACAUAUAACAUAUAAAUGAAUUGUGAAUUUACAUUUAAGAUUAAAUAAAGUUUUAACAAAAUAUUU